GGGGGAAAAAAUUAAAAAUAUAAUGAAAAAGUGCAUUAAAUUGAGUUGGCAAAAGAUAACUAAAUAUUACAGAAAAAAUUUUAAGCCAAAAUUUUAAGACAUUUUCCGCUGGAAGUCCUUUUUUGUGCGAAUCAAAGUGCAUAGAGCAAAAUGUAUACAUCCGCCGCCAGCGGCUGCUGAUUUCUUUAAGAAAACUUCAAAAACAAAUACAAAUACUAAUAGAAAAGGAAACCAAAUAAAUAGAAUAAACAACAUAAUCUUUCGGCAUCGCUGGUUGCUACGUUGAAAUAGAAAUAUAACAAAAACAACAAUCAAAACUUCAAACAUAAGUAAAGAAGAGUGAAAAAAGAGACAAGGAAGCUACGAAAAAGUUUUUCAACUUCUAAAAAGUUUCAGCAUACGUUCCAACGUUUUACGAAAAGAUAUGACAUGUGAUGGUGUUUUAACAUUUUGGAUAUUUUUAUUACUUUCAUUAAUUUUACACAAUGCCGAUUUAACGGACGGCGGUCGUGCCGAUGAGCUGCAUAUAGGCGGUAUAUUUCCGAUCGCAGGCACCGGAGGAUGGCAGGGUGGACAGGCGUGUAUGCCAGCAGCAAGACUGGCAUUGGAUGAUGUUAAUAAAGAGCCGAAUUUGUUGCCGGGCUUCAAACUCAUAUUGCAUAGUAAUGAUAGUGAGUGCGAACCCGGUCUCGGCGCUAGCGUUAUGUACAAUCUACUCUAUAAUAGACCACAAAAAUUAAUGUUACUAGCCGGUUGCAGUACUGUCUGCACCACCGUUGCGGAGGCGGCAAAAAUGUGGAAUUUGAUAGUGCUCUGCUAUGGUGCCUCGAGUCCGGCACUUUCGGAUCGCAGUCGCUUUCCCACAUUAUUUCGCACACAUCCCUCCGCAACGGUACACAAUCCGACACGUAUAAAAUUAAUGAAAAAAUUCGGUUGGUCACGUGUGGCCAUAUUGCAGCAGGCCGAAGAGGUCUUCAUAUCGACCGUUGAAGAUCUCGAAAAUCGUUGCAUGGAAGCUGGCGUCGAAAUCGUCACAAGACAAUCAUUUCUAUCCGAUCCCACAGAUGCUGUACGCAAUCUACGACGACAAGAUGCCCGCAUCAUAGUUGGUCUAUUCUAUGUAGUAGCGGCGCGGCGUGUGCUCUGCGAAAUGUACAAGCAGCAGUUGUACGGGCGGGCGCACGUCUGGUUUUUUAUAGGCUGGUACGAAGACAAUUGGUAUGAGGUGAAUUUGGAAAAUGAAGGUAUCACCUGCAGCAUUGAACAGAUGCGCAUCGCCGCCGAAGGACACUUGACAACGGAAGCGCUUAUGUGGAAUCAGAACAAUCAAACAACAAUUUCCGGCAUGACAGCUGAGGAAUUUCGCCAACGACUGAAUCACGCCCUCAUCGAAGAAGGUUACGACAUCAAUCACGAUCGCUAUCCGGAGGGUUAUCAAGAAGCGCCGCUCGCCUACGAUGCCGUCUGGAGCGUAGCAUUGGCAUUCAAUAAGACAAUGCAACGCCUGAAGAAGCGACAGAAAUCGUUACGCGAUUUCACCUAUACAGACAAGGAAAUCGCCGAUGAGAUUUAUGCAGCAAUGAAUUCAACACAGUUCCUUGGCAUAUCGGGUGUCGUUGCCUUCAGUUCACAAGGUGAUCGUAUUGCCUUAACACAAAUCGAACAGAUGGUGAAUGGAAAAUAUGAAAAAUUAGGUUAUUAUGAUACGCAAUUGGAUAAUUUAACAUGGUUAAAUAUGGAGCAAUGGAGUGGGGGAAAGGUACCUCAGGAUCGCACAAUUGUACGACGCGUCUUACGCACCGUAUCGCUGCCAUUAUUUGUUUGCAUGUGUGCAAUAUCAAGUUGUGGUAUAUUAGUAGCCUUAGCACUUAUUGUAUUCAACAUAUGGAAUAAGCAUAGAAGAGUAAUACAAUCAUCGCAUCCGGUAUGUAAUACUAUAAUGUUGUUUGGUGUCAUCAUAUGUCUCGCAUCAGUCAUUCUGCUGGGUAUGGAUGGACGAUUUGUCAGUCCAGAGGAGUACCCAAAGAUAUGUCAAGCGCGCGCUUGGCUGUUAACCACCGGUUUUACAUUAGCCUACGGUGCUAUGUUCAGCAAAGUCUGGCGUGUGCAUCGUUUUACAACAAAAGCAAAAACAGAUCCAAAAAAAAAAGUCGAACCGUGGAAGCUUUACACCAUGGUCUCCGGCCUGUUGUCUAUAGAUUUAGUUAUAUUACUCGCUUGGCAGAUUUUUGAUCCGCUACAGCGUAUACUUGAAACAUUCCCACUCGAGGACCCCAUAUUGACAUCCGAUGAUAUAAAAAUACGUCCAGAAUUGGAGCAUUGCGAGAGUCAUCACAAUACAAUGUGGUUGGGCAUCGUUUAUGGCUUCAAAGGUCUCAUACUUGUAUUUGGCCUAUUUCUUGCCUAUGAAACGCGUUCGAUUAAGGUGAAACAAAUCAACGAUUCCCGUUAUGUCGGCAUGAGCAUCUACAAUGUGGUUGUACUAUGUUUAAUCACAGCUCCAGUGGGCAUGGUCAUCGCAUCGCAACAGGAUGCCUCAUUCGCUUUUGUUGCAUUGGCUGUGAUAUUUUGUUGUUUCCUAAGUAUGUUGCUGAUAUUUGUGCCAAAGGUUAUUGAAGUGAUACGCCAUCCAAAGGAUAAAGCCGAAUCAAAGUACAAUCCCGAUUCGGGUAUAUCAAAAGAAGAUGAAGAACGCUACCAGAAUUUAGUUACGGAAAAUGAGGAGCUGCAGCGACUGAUAUCACAGAAAGAGGAGAAGAUACGCAUACUCAAACAACGAUUGGUCUAGUGGGAGGCCACGAACAAG